CUCCUGGAGAGUGCGCAGUACACCUCUGACUACAUUGGCGAGCUUCGCACUUUCCGGUUCGAUGCCAGCGACGGGCCCGUUCACGCCUGGCAGCACGCAUUGGACCUGCGGGAUCCUGCGUGCGACGAAGUCGUGGUGCUGUACCACUACACAAAUGCCCUGGCUUUUGAAAGCAUCGCCAACUCGACUGCCGAGCUCUUGGCCUCGCUGUUGGAGAAGCGCACGCAGUUCGGCGAAGGAGUGUAUGCUUCUCAGCACGAGCCUUCC